UGACUGUGUGAAUUGUAAUUUGCAAGUAAAUUAUAUAACACACGAACUACAAAACUAUCAAGACUUGAAACCCUCACGCAGAUCGAACACACAUUCAUCUUCACAUUCGCAACCGCAAUCGCCGGCGAUCCCGAUGCGGCCCUCCGUCAGAUCCUCCGCCGUUGCAGCACUCUUCGUCACCGUUCUCCUCUUUGCAUCGCCGGUGUUCGGUUCCGAUUAUGAUCACAAGUAUCAAUCAGAUGAAAAAGUUACCCUUUGGGUGAAUAAAGUUGGGCCUUACAAUAAUCCUCAAGAAACAUACAAUUUCUACAGUCUUCCGUUUUGUCGUAAAGAUGAUCAUGCUCAAGCUGCACACAAGUGGGGCGGUCUGGGUGAAGUAUUGGGUGGAAAUGAGCUUAUUGACAGCCAAAUGGACGUCAAGUUUCAAAAGAAUGUGGAUAAAACGACUGUUUGCGAGCUGGAACUUGAUGAUUCAAAAGCCAUGCAGUUUAAACAGGCUAUUGAGAAUAACUACUGGUUUGAAUUAUUCAUGGAUGACCUGCCACUGUGGGGUUUUGUGGGUGAGUUACACUCUGAUAAGAACAGCGAUAGCAAGCAUAUGCUAUUCACACAUAUGAAUAUCACCAUACAAUACAACAAAGACCAGAUCAUUCACGUUAAUCUAACUCAAGAAAACCCAAAACCUUUGGAAGCUGGUAAAACACUGGACAUGACAUAUUCAGUAAAGUGGACUGAAACUAAUGUCACAUUUGCUCGCCGUUUUGAUGUUUACCUGGAUUACCAUUUUUUUGAGCAUCAGAUUCAUUGGUUCUCCAUAUUCAAUUCUUUUAUGAUGGUUAUCUUUCUGACCGGGUUGGUCUCAAUGAUACUGAUGCGGACUCUUAGAAAUGACUACGCAAAAUACGCCAGAGAAGACGAUGAUCUCGAAACCCUGGAAAGAGAUGUCAAUGAAGAAUCUGGUUGGAAACUUGUUCAUGGAGAUGUUUUCAGGCCACCUCGUAAUUUGGUUUUGCUGUCUGCGGUUGUUGGGACAGGUGCCCAAUUGGCACUAUUGAUUCUUCUCGUCAUCGUGUUUGCAAUUAUUGGAAUGCUGUAUGUCGGACGAGGAUCAAUUGUAACAACAUUUAUAGUUUGCUAUGCUCUCACUUCUUUUGUUUCUGGCUAUGUGAGUGGUGGGAUGUACUCACGCAAUGGCGGGAAAACUUGGAUAAAGUCAAUGAUCCUGACUGCAUCACUUUUUCCAUUUUUGUGCUUUGGAAUCGGUUUCAUACUCAACACUAUCGCAAUAUUCUACGGAUCUCUAGCAGCAAUUCCAUUUGGCACAAUGGUGGUAGUUUUCGUCAUUUGGGCUUUUAUUUCCUUCCCUCUUGCUCUUCUUGGCACAGUUGUUGGAAGAAACUGGAGUGGGGCCCCCAACAACCCGUGUCGUGUGAAAACUAUUCCGCGCCCGAUUCCUGUGAAGAAGUGGUAUCUCACACCGUCUGUAGUUUCACUCAUGGGAGGACUGCUUCCUUUUGGCAGCAUUUUCAUUGAGAUGUACUUCGUUUUCACUUCAUUUUGGAAUUACAAGGUGUACUAUGUGUACGGGUUUAUGCUACUUGUAUUUCUGAUUCUUAUAAUUGUGACUGUGUGUGUGACAAUUGUGGGGACAUAUUUCUUGCUAAAUGCUGAGAAUUACUAUUGGCAAUGGACUUCAUUCUUCUCUGCGGCGUCUACAGCUAUUUACGUCUACUUGUAUUCCGUAUAUUACUACUAUGUCAAGACGAAGAUGUCUGGCUUCUUCCAAACCAGCUUCUACUUUGGAUACACUGCUAUGUUCUGCCUUGGGUUAGGAAUUCUAUGUGGAGCUGUUGGUCACCUGGGCUCAAACCUGUUCGUCAGAAGGAUCUACAGGAACAUCAAGUGCGACUAAGUCACAUUCACAGGAAAAACACCGCCCACAGUGGACCCCGAUCUUUGUAGUAAACAGCGAAUACCGAUUGGAAGCUUGCAUCAGGUAUGUGAACCCGAAGGCCCGGGCAGUGAUAAUUUAGUAGUAUACCUAACUCCUGAGAUUGAGGGAGGUUUGAUAAGUUUUUGUUCCUUCCUUUUCAUGGAGUGUAGAAAAAACUUAGAUGAGAAAUUUAAAUUCAGAGGUUGUUUUAUGAUCCAGAAAAAAAGGGCUACUUUGGUUCCACAUAUGUUUUUUUUUUGUUUUUGUCUUCUGUAGUGUGGAUUUUGCUUCGAGUUUGCGGUUGUCUUUGAACAAGUGGUGGGGAGGGGGUACAUUUAUGUGCUUGUGAGCUUUUGUGCAAAACAGAUGAUGUUUAUUAUAUAUACUUGUUCUAUUCAUUUAGUCCAA